CUGGAAUUCUGCAAUAUGACAAGUGGAUUAUGCAAUUCAUGCACAUCUGGUCCAUUCUGCAACAUGUUAUGUAGUGAAAACUGUGCAAAUGCCAACUGUAAUCAAUAUGGUACUUGUAUUGGAGGAUGUAAACCGAACUGGAGAGGAAAUGAAUGCAAUGAAUGUGAUUCCAAUCAUUACGGGUCUAAUUGCUCCAAUAAGUGUAGUGUCAAUUGUAAAAGAAAGAUAUGUGACAAUGUCACCGGAUCCUGCACUUUCGGCUGUAAGAGGGGUUUUUAUUUGCAGAACUGUGAGAAGAAAUGCAGUACAUCAUGCCUAUCAGCCUGCAAUAUAACCUCAGGAGAAUGUGAGGGUGAAUGCCCAGUUGACAAAUAUGGAAGUCAAUGUGAUAAAACCUGCGACAAAAAUUGUAAAAAUGGAUGCAGUAGAAUCAGUGGUUUAUGCAAUUCAGGAUGUAUUGACGGAAAAUUUGGAAUUGAUUGCCUCAAGAACUGUAGUUUUGGUUGCAUUUCUGGUUGUCAUCAAGCUAAUGGAAAAUGUAUCUGUAAAACAGGAUGGCAGGGUCAGAACUGUGAUGAAUGCAACCAAAAUCGUUACGGACCAGGAUGUGAUCAACAUUGCAGUCCAAUUUGUUUAAAUGGAACCUGUUUUUCAAGCAAUGGCUCGUGUAAAGAGGGUUGUAAUAUCAACUUUAAUUAUGGCAAAGUAAUCCAGCGAUCGUCAGAAAACGAAUCAAACGGCGAGGAUUAUUCAGCUCAGUAUGUUGUGGUUCCGAUUCUCUUUAUAAGUAUUUUUCUCAACAUAUUCCUUAUUGUUCGGAAUAUUAGACAUAUUCAUUAUGAAAGGAAGAAUUCUGAGAUAAUAAUAAGCCAACAGAGUUCCACAUUUGACGAAAACACAUCCACUUAUAAUAGACUUGAAGAUAUCCCAGAUUAUCAAGAACUUGGACAAUUAAGGCAACCUUCCAAGUAUGAUGAACUCAAGUGAAUGUAGUUGAUCUACCUGUUAUUAGUAAUUACCUCUGAACUAUGUUAUUUGUCUUAGAAAUUGCGCCUGUCAUUUGGUAAACAGAAGAGCAACGAUGAAAUGCGUGUAAAAUAUUUCUCUUGACUUCCUGUUUAAUUGAAUUAGAACUUGCCAAGUCAGAACUGAAUGUUGAACUUUCUUGAAAUCAAUGACAAUCUGUUGGCCAGGUUUUGGUAUUCAAAGGAGAUAAAUAUACAAAAAUACUUUUUCUAAUAUAAUAAGUUUUUGCUUUCAUUAUCUAUUUAAUAAUUUUAUGUGCUGCUAAGAUGACAUUAGCUUUACAUAUAUACAGAGAUAGAGAGAGAGAAAGAGAGAGAGAGAGAGAGAUCUUUUGCUAUAAUAUAUACAAGUGUAAUGCACUAUAAUUGUUUUAUAUUUUCGUUCAUCUGUCUUUAAUCUAUUCAAUUAAUAUAGAUGGACUUGCAGAUCCAAGCAAAUAAAACAAAUAAAUGCCCUUUACUCUAUUUUUCAAAUGUGUUCUACAUCUAUUCAAACUAGACUGUUCCAAGGAACGCAUGUGUCGCAUGCUUUGUAGCUUAAUUAAAGAUGUAAAUAAAUCUAAGAGUUGUCA